UAAUUAGAGUACUGCCUUUACAUUGAUUUAAUUAUACUUGUUUUAGGGAGCACGUAACUUAAACCCUGUUCCUUACAAUGCGGAGUAUAUGGGCCAUAAACUCCACAUGGACCAGAAUGAGAAGAUGGUAAUGUUCGGGGUCACACACGUCCUGGCUGUGGAUGGCUUCAGCAGCAAAAUUGUUGCUGAAGCAACAAUGCCAGUGAAGAACAACCUUGUUAUUUAUGAGGACAUUUACAGAGUAGCAGUUGCCAACAAUGGCAUGUGGGACCAAGUCAGAGUAGAUCAUGGCAGAGAGUUUUACCUGGCUCUGUAUAUGCAAGAGAAGCUUGCUCAACACCGACACAACAUUGACAGGCAGCCUUAUGUGCAGACAGCUUCUUCAAGGAAUCUUCGUGUGGAAAGAAUUUGGCCAGAAGUUAAUAAUCGGGUAAACUAUCCCAUUAAACAGGCCCUCGUUCACUUGCUGGACCAAGAAUUGCUCAAUAUGGAGGAUAAUGUGACCAAAUUUUGUGUCUCCAACCUGGCAUGCCAAGUAAGCCAAAUUGGACUUGCAAGAGUUGUGCAGUCCUGGAAUUGUCAUAGGAUACCAGGCAGAGGGAUACCAAACCAGCUUGCCUCUGCUGGUUGUCCAGCAAGAAUCUCACAGGAACUGCUGCCCACUGCUGCAGAGGCAGCAAACAUGUACGAGCAGGAGUUGAGGUCCUCCCUGACUUGGGUGUCUGCCUUUGCAGUUGACCCAUUUUCAUCUGAGGAAGAUAGAUGCCGUGCAGAACAGCUGUUUGGAGAGAGCUUUCCAGACAUAUCUCUUCUCUUUGACACAGUGGUCAACAAUGACCGUAGAGUUUUUCAGGAGGCACUGUUUUAUCUCAUCAACAUUACAGAGAGGUAUAUGUAAGAUAAAUAUACACAGGGGAGUGAUCAUUCACAUUUGUUAUAUGUAUAUAUUUGUAUAUGUAUGUUAAUCUGAUGUAGGUAUGUUAAUGAUGCUUUUCAUGCAAUUUUGGGUAACUACUUGAUUAUUUUUGUGUGUACUUACCUUUGCAUAGGAAAUUUUUUAAUCAUUACAUAUAACAAAGGAUUCUGAACUUACAUUUUUGUAAAAUUACAAUAUUUUGAGGUAUUGUAACCUCAAUUUUAGUUGAAAUAAAUACCAGUUCUCUUGAGA